AUGGGCUUUGUGUCUCAGAUCUCCACAGAGGAACUCAAGUCUGUGGCACUGAGGUACUGGAAGCAGGCGCUGCAGAUGACAAAGCCCAAGAAAGUCCUGGCAGAGAUGUUGUUGGAAAUGAUUGACACUCUGUCCAAAAGUGUUUUGGAACGCUUAAGUGGACCAGAGUUCACCCUGGUGUCAGAGGAAGAGGUAGCCAUAGCUAUUGAGUCCUGUCUGACUGAUGUCUUUCAUUUCGUAUUGGGCACCACACACCACGCAUGUGCUCCGCUCUUCAAGGCCUUGAGCACAGAAGUGUGGGCCAGUGUCAACUCUGGGCUGAGCCAAAAUGGAACACAGUCCAUAACCUCAUACCUGCCCCCCAAAGAACAUCUGAUCACAAUGAUAAAUCAUAUCAAGCUAUUAUUGCGUUUCGCCAGGGAUCAGGAACAUCAGCGACGCCGCUCUGAGCCGGUGCCUAAAGUUGAAGAGCAGACCAAUGAUGUGCGACAUCACAGUGCCGACUUCACCACACGUGACCCUCAAGUCUUUGAGGAAAGUGAAUGCAUGGAUUCUCAGGAUCUCAUCAUAGCGGCCAUUGCCAAACAUCUAGAGAUGAUUCCUAAGAAGCGCACAUUGGGCAUCGUUCUGAGGUCCGUGUGUCGGGCCAUCUUCAUGUGGUGUUAA